UACCAUCACAUGUGAAAGUGAAUAGAUUUACCCAAAAAAUUUGGCCACAACAAAACGCAUGAAAAUUAGCUUAGGAGGAGCAGCAGAACAGACUGGAAUAAUCCAAUUCAUUGAUCAUUUCUAGGGAUCACAAAAGUGGCAAAUUCACAGAAAAUAUAUUGGUCAAUGUUUCACAAAUGCUGAUCAUACUUGUAUUAUUAUCCAGUUUCAGAAUCUGCCAAAAUAUGUAAAGCUAAAACUGAUCUUCUGCCUGCUUUUGCGAACCAAUCAGCUGAUUUCAGUGACCCAAAUUAUGCAGCGAAUUAGUUGUUUUUUAUUUAUAUUUAUUCUUUUUUUAGAUUUGGUGGGAAAACACCACUGGAUUGUAUCUUUAAGUAGUUUUUAACUGAACUAGACUCUAAAACUAUUUUUCACUCAUUUGUUUUAACAGCAAUUUAGGAAAUUAAGGAGGAAAAAUCAUUGUAUAACUCCUGGUUUCUGCUUUAUUGAGUCAACUAUAAACAUUGUGUAAUGCAAUGACGAAGCGUCACAGGACUGAUAACAGGCAAGAUAAAUUUUAUUGGUGUGCUGUAGGCGGAAGCAAGGAAAUGCUUAAUAACGAACAAGGGCCUCAUUUCACUUUCUGGACAUUUGUCAGUUUUCAAGCAGAGACAGAACAGCAGGCGGAAAGUAGAAUAGCUUCUUCCUGCUUGUACAUUCGGACCAUUUGCGCCACCCUGAGACUGAUUUACGGCCAGCGUCGACAGGUGCCGACAUGGUCUCUUUAAUUCAUACAAUUCGAGAUCAUACCGACGAGAUUAGCUGCUGUGCCUUCUCUCCGUCUGCUCUGGUGACCGGAUCAGCUGAUAAAACUCUCCGGGUGUAUAGCACGGCGGACUUUAAAGAGUUUCCCUUCUCUCCUCUGACGGGUCACGGCUACGGGGUUCACCGCUGUUGCUUCAGCUCCUGCGGCAGCUAUCUGCUAAGCUGCUCCACGGACGGCUCCAUCAUAGUUUGGAGCUCGGAGACAGGUGAACUACUCUCGGCAGUGCAGCACCCGGGCCGCAGUCCGCUCCGAGUCUGCGCGUUGUCGCCGGACUCCUGCCUCCUGCUGGCGGGUGCCUGUGAUGGCACCGUGGCCCUCUGGGACUUCUCUUCCAAGACACUACGCAGAUGUGCUGCAGCAAGUGAAGCCAGCAUUGUGGCCUGCAGUUUCUCCCCCUGCAGUCAGGUUUUUGUGACCGGCUGUACCCAAGGAGACCUCAAACUCUGGGAUGAUCACAUCAGCCUUCUGCUUGCUCAGAAAGACGCCCACGAUUUGGGCGUCACCUGCUGCAGCUUCGCAUCUCACUUCAAAAUUGAAGACUCCUGUGUGGAGCUUCGACUGGCCUCCUGUGGACAGGACAGUCUUCUGAAAAUAUGGAUUGUUUCUCAGCGUGAGGGAGCAGCGUGGACCAUGAUGCUUCUGCACAUUCUCACUGGUCAAACUGCUCCCGUUCUGUCCUGCGCUUUCUCUGCUGACGGAGAGCUGGUGGUCUCUGGGUCGGUGGAUAAAAGUGUGACGGUAUACGAUGCCAACCUGGGAACCCUGCUCCACAUUUUGAAGCAACAUGAYAGAUAUGUGACAGCGGUCGCUCUGUCUCCUGCCUUUGGCCUGAUGGCAACCGGCUCAAUGGACAGAUCAGUAAAUGUGUGGAAGAUUGGAGAUGGAUAUGAAGAAACUGCGGCUGAAUCACAGCAGGCGCCAUGUCAAGGAAGGAAACUGCCAGGUCACUCCAGGCUGCUGCUUGCUGAUUGGACAGAGGAGGAUGUGCAAAGCUGGCUGUGCGAAGAAGGACUGGAUGAACUCGUCAUGAUUUUUAAAACCAACAAUAUUGACGGGUCAGAGGUGAACCACAUGAGCAGGGAGACUGUGACUGAGCUGGGAAUAGAGUCUGUAGGUCUUCGUGGACGUCUCCUGAGGAAAAUCGAGGCCCUGAAGGCGGAGCAGAGCGGCUCAGAAGCUCCGGAUGAGUUUCUGUGUCCAAUCACCAGAGAGCUGAUGAAGGAUCCAGUCAUAGCUGCAGAUGGGUACUCCUACGAACGAGAAUCCAUCGAGAGCUGGAUCCGAGGCAAGAACAAAACAAGCCCAAUGACCAACCUGCCCCUGCAGACGACUCUGCUGACCCCCAACAGAUCCCUGAAGAUGGCAAUAACCCGCUGGAAGUCCAGUCAGUAAACCAGCAGCUCAUUUUACAUUUUCUGAAAUGUCACAGGUACUUAAACUACUGUAAUUGCCAGAAAGGUAAUAAGUGUUCUCAUUACUGAGUCAGUUUGCUGCUUUGUUGAGUUUCACUUUAGAAACUGAUAUAGAAAAUUGCCAGAUUUAUUUCAGAUAUAUUAACCAGUCAGCUUGUUUUUUUUUUUGUAUUAUACUGUAGAGCUUUUCAAUGUUACAAUGAAACAACGUAAAUAUGAUUCUAAAGAUAAUUUACUGAAUUCAGCACUUUGAAUAUUUAUUAGAACUUUGAUCAAAAUGAGAAAACAGUUUAUUACAGGAAUUUAAUUCCAAGAGUGAGUCUGUUAAUUUUGUCUAAAAACUUCAAAAUAAAAUCAGUCAGAAAAUCUGAAUACUUCAGAAUACCAAUAACAAAAUAUUUUUUUAUGUAGAUUUGUUAGCCUACAGGCUGGGGCUUCUGUUGCAUGAAUUACUGCAUCAAUGCUGUGCGGCACGAAGUCAAUCAUUUUGUCUAGAGGCUAGAGUGUUAAGGAAUCCAAGUUGUUUUGCGACCUUAAUGUUCAAAUGAGGCGCAACGAUUAGGACUUUGGACCACUGAGCAGCAGUCCUGUCCCUUUUUCUCACUCUUAAAGUAGUUCCAGGUUUAACAGUGGCUUAUCUCAAAAAAUGCGACACUUGUAGACCCUCUCUGCACUUCCACUUUCAGUGAGAAAAAAAAAAUGUCUCAACAGUGCAUGUAAACUUCUGGUUUUAAUUGAAUUUUACAUGCAGUUGAAAUCAGAAUUUUUGUAUGAAAACUACAACUCACAAGACGGCUUGUAGUCAACCUGCAGUUGCCUUGUGUUGCCACAGAUGGUGCUCUGCAUUGUAAUGUUGUCCUUUUUUUAUAAUCUGUUUAAUUAUCUUUGUAUAUUUAGACAUUUUAAAUACUGCAAUAAUAAUCUGUAUGUAUUUAAGACAAAAACCCAGGAGACAGAUGUUUUUUUGUUUUUUUCCCCCCCUCAGUGGGUCUUUAUUUCGCGCUCGCAUGGUGGCAGUAAUGUUCAUUACAGUAUGUGAUCACGGCUAAUAAAGCUCACAAUACUGAAAACAUGGUAACAACUGCAUUUAACGUACAUCAUAAAAUAAAGCUAAUGGCACCGAGCCCCCAAACCACCUCUAUUUUUUUAAGAUAUUCCUGUUUUUCUGUUAUAUAAACUGCAACUGUAGCAUGCGUUGAAUUCUCAAUACUGAGAGUCAAAUGCCUUUGUAGCUGUGCAAAAAUAACUAUAUAAAAUAUAUUGCUUUUACAAUUAACCAAGCCAUUGGCACUGUGAAUAAAUUAACUAGACAGCAACAACAAGCAGAUACAGAAAGGAUUCAGUGUUAAUGGUGGCUUAUGCAAUGUACAAAUUUAUAUUCAACACCAUUUCAACAACAUUGUGCCUAAAACUCAAAAUACACAAGUCUGAACUUGUCAAUACACUCAACAAAGACCUUCACUAAAAAGAAGAAACAGUACAUAUUUAUAUAAUAUACACAUGAGGAUCUAUAACAUCCUUCGUAAGUCACAGGAAUGCCCAUCCCUUAGUUGUUCUUUCAGACGUUUCUCAAAGUACUCAGACGUCAUCACUUUUAGCACACAGUGUGGUGUUAAUAUUGCUGAUUUUUAAUUUCUAAGCCAACUGGAUUCUACUCAACUGAACAGACCGACAUUCAGAAAUUACAGUAAUUGGUCAAAGUCUCAAAUUAUUUUAACAUUCAGACUAAAAUGGUUUUCUGUUAUAUUCCCCUUAUGUCCCAAAACGGACUUAUCUCAAACCCUCAAUUUCACCGUAUUAUUUGGUAGCUCACCUUGCUCAUCUUUUUGUCAGUAGAACCACAACUAAUACAUUUUUGCCAAAGUGUUUUCACUCUACACCUUAUGUAAAGUCGCUCCAAACUACUCAGUGAGGAAACAAGCACACAUCACUGUAUCUGUGUUAGAGUAGAGCUGAACAGGAACUGAUCACAAUUUUUUCCUUCAAGAGUGGUUAUGACAACAAAUGACCUUCAAACUCUUCGGACAUUCUUAAACAGUUGCUUAAAGCAAUAUAAAACAUUGCAACAAAUAAAUUACAAAUUAUUUAGACAGAAUGAUUCACUCAACCAUGUCACCUUCACA